GUGGGUCCAAUUUUUGGCACAAAUCUUGAGAGCUGAAAUUAAAUGGGUUAAUUAUUAAAAUAGGGCAAAAAGUCACGUGUCUGCCCGUCAAAUUCCGGAACUGUCGCCGGCGUUGUUAGUGGACGUCUGAGCUAUGGUGGCGUGUACGGUACUCCUCCCAUCUCCAUACAGCCCCUCUCUCUCGACUCCCAACUCUCCUUUCUUACCACCUCUUCGACUCGCGAGGGGUGCUUCCAGCCUCAAUACCCAGCCAAUCUCAUUUCGUGCAAAACGACUGUCCGUUUUGGCGACGACGCGUGCGCUAGACGCUCUUAUCUUGGACUGCGAUGGCGUUAUGGUGGAGUCCGAGCAUCUCCACCUGCAGGCAUAUAAUGAUGCUUUCUCUCACUUCAAUGUAUGUUCCCCUUUUGGUCCAUCUCAGCCACUUUCUUGGGAUGUCGAGUUCUACGAUGAUCUCCAGAACCGAAUCGGCGGUGGAAAACCCAAAAUGAGAUGGUAUUUUAACGAGCACGGAUGGCCAACAUCUACAAUCUUUGGUAAGCCGCCCGAAGAUGAUGCCGAUAGAGCAAAGCUGAUUGAUAUUCUUCAAGAUUGGAAGACUGAAAGAUACCAGCAGAUAAUCAAAUCUGGAAAGAUUGAACCUAGACCUGGGGUUCUGCGAUUGAUGGAUGAGGCCAAGGCUGCGGGAAAGAAACUUGCUGUUUGCUCUGCUUCAACUAAAAGUUCAGUCAUACUUACUAUGGAAAAUAUUAUUGGAAUUGAUCGAUUCCAUGGCCUUGACUGCUUUCUGGCAGGUGAUGAUGUGAUAGAAAAAAAGCCACAUCCUUCAAUAUAUGUAACAGCUGCCAAGCGGCUUGGUGUGCCCAACAUAAAUUGUUUGGUGGUAGAGGAUAGUGUCAUCGGACUCCAGGCUGCAACAAGUGCAGGGAUGUCAUGUGUGAUCACUUAUACUUCAUCCACCGCUAAUCAGGAUUUCAAAGCAGCUAUUGCAAAAUAUCCGGACUUGAGUAAUGUUAGGUACGUGUAAAGGAUUUGGCCAGUUUUGUUGAGUUCACCAUUUCAAAGCAGCCUUUGCUUAUCAGGACUUGAGUAAUGUUAGAUUGAAGGACUUAUCAGACUUGAUUGCUGCUACAAGAUGAUGUUUCUAUAAUUCUAUGAAGGAAGAAGACCAUCAGAAGAAUUACAUUAUGAGCCAAAGUGGUUGGUUACUUGGUCUUGUUGCAAGAUGUUUGGUUGGGCAAGAUUGCAAGAAUUGUAAUAGAAGUGUGGCAAGCAAGUAGUAGUGAUAUAGUUUGGUUGCCUAGAAAGCAAUUCCUUCUUUUUAUUCAAAUAAAGUGGAAAGUGGAUCAAACCAUUGAAAAACCAUUCGAAAAGGAAGCAAAGAUAGGGAUGGACUUGGUCCGGUUCCGGUCCCGGACCGGCCGGUCCCGGGUAUUAAAAGUGAAGACCGGAACUGACUUGGGUUUCAACGGACCCGGUUCCUGUCCGGUCUACCUGGCCGGUUCCGGUCCGGUCUCGGGUCGGCACGGUCAUUUUUUUUAAAAUUAUUGUACAAUGAUGUAUAUUUAUUUUAAACACUAUAAUGUCACUUGUAGGGGUGGGCAUGGUUGGUUAACCGGAUUUUGGUUAACCAACUUUCCGGUUAACCGUGAAACUUGUUACUUCGGUUAACCGAUACUUCGGUUAACCAAAGCUUCGGUUAAUUGAGUAUCGGUUAACCAAAAUUUUCAAGUUGUAUCAAUACUUCGGUUAACCGAUACUUCGGUUAACCAAAGCUUCGGUUAAUUCAAAGCUUCGGUGAAUUGUCAGUGACUCACUUGUAUCAAUAUCACAUUUGAAAAUUACAAUUGAGAAUAGUUUCAAGUUGAAAAUUACAUGAACUAUUC